GGGGAAAAGUUGUUUGUGCAUUAAACUGUGCGCGCCUUCAAGGCACCUCGCUUUAGCGCUCUGUGCAAAGCCUUGCUCUGUGUUUGACUUCGGAAGAAGAGUGCUUGAGAAAACGCUGCCAUGUGGAAAUACUUUUGUCAGAACGGCGACUAACUAUCAGCGCCCCCCUAAAUUAGGCAGUAUCGAGACAGCUCAUCCACGGCGCCCUCGUAGUGCCUCGAUCACCCAAGGCACGUGCAUUUGAAAGCAUGGAACCAGGGCAAAAAGGACCUUUGUGAAGAUCAAGAACCCAAAGCCUUCGGAAAGGAUUCGGCUCUUGAGCCAAGUCAAGGGAAGCAACCGGCCCUGCUGAGCGGCUUCCGUAGAGUCGCACUGUGUUGCUCCUCUACUCGAUCAUCAUGGUUGCGGGAAGCUUCCACGUGCACACGGUCAUCGAACACCCAGUGCUUCUCACGUUCUCGCUGCUCAUGGUUCUGCUCUCCGCUGCGUGCGCCGUCUCCUCGGUGGUCCUCCUCCUGGGACUCUGGGCGGACAACCGGACCUUGCUGCUUCCCUGGUUGGUCUCCAUCUCGUUAACCACUCUGCUGGACAUCGUCGUUCUCUUCUAUCUAACGGCCGAGUCGGAUUUCAACCCUUUCAUCGCUGUACUCUUUAUCACGGAUGUUUUCAUCGCCGUCUUAAACGUGUACUGCUUGCUGUGCGUGUCCUCUCAGUACCAAGAGUACCGGCAUAACCGAGGCAGAACGGUACGCUUUCUUGGAGAGCAGUUUCCAGACAACAUGAAAAGGUCGGCCUGCCGGAAGCACGCCGACGCCGAGGGCAAGUUCUCGCCGACCAAGCCCUCCGUGUUCAUCGCCGACGACAUGGUCUCCUCGUCGAUCACAAAGCUGAGCACCAGUACAACCCGUCGCUCGUCGGCGCUGAGUUCCUGCCGGUUGACGCCGAUCAAGGAGGAGAGCCAGGCUCGCGCCAACGCACCCGGAGACACGCUGCACCAGAGCCUGGGCGCCACGGGCAGCGGCGAGACCCUCUCGCACGUGUAUCUGGUGUCCCCGAGGCCCAGCCCCGUCGAGAAGGACGAGGAAGACGAGGAGGACGAGGAAGAAGCGGAGGAAGAAGCUGCACGCCAGCAGCGAGGUGCCGAGCGGCCGCUGCCUGUCGCCGAGGUAGUCAGCGAGAGCGUGUACAAGUGGACCAUCUGACGGCUGUUCCGGUGCUAGAGCAUAACCCCGAAUCGAGAAGCGGCUGUUAGAGCGCCGACAGCCGUCCAGCGAAAACAAAAAUAACAAUCAUCAGCGGAAGCAAAUGCCAAGAAUUAACAUCAACUGCAACGCAAGAAGACAGACACGCCGUGCCUUACAUAAUUCCUCGAAAGACAGGGUAUCUAAAAUCCCUGCCGACGAACUCCUGCCGAAGACUGCAUGUCAUCCUGCGAACCCCUGGUCAGCAGGCUCAGAAAAUAGUGAUGGGAUCACCUUAGUUGACAGCACGCGGCUUCGACAACCUCCUUGCUGUUCGUUGUCUCAUAAGAGUUUCUGUAAAACAGAGUUCUUCAGUCAUACCAGCUCCGAAGUUGCCCUUCAGGAUUCGGCCAUCUUUCAUCACUGCGUUUCGGAAGCAAUAAGAGCAGCUUUGUAGAACUGCAGAUUUCCCAAGAGUUACUAUUCGGGGCAAUUUUGCCACAUGUGUCCGACAAAGGUAACGCAAUAGAUCGCAAAUAUCAAAUUUUUCGAUCGGUCAGCUUGCUACAUUUUCACAUCGACACGUUGGGAGUCCCGAGAGUUGCAUGGCUGAGGAUCUCUGAUUGUGAAAGUUCGCAUGGAACAAGUUAUGAUAUGUCACAUUGAUUGUUUCCAUCUUCUCACCUAGAGCUGAUGCAAAUAAUGAAAGUUUGCAUGUGAAAAAGGUGGGCAAAUCACUUUCCCACAAUUGUACAGACAAACCUCGCUCCCAUGUUGUCGCACCGGUACUCUGUAAAAGAGGCAGAACACGCAGACGCCUGCUUUUCGUAUAUCCCAUGAAUAUCCUAAGGGUGAACCAGUUAACUACCACAAACUUGGUACUUUGUCCCUAUCAGCAGGCUUGUGUGUCGGUUUCGGGUGCACAUGAACUAGUCACCGCUGAUUCACGUUCGUUGUCUGGUAGACAGCUUUAGUGUCAUGGGCGCGUUACCGUGUUGUAUUGUGUAAUUUGCGAUCAAGACGUGUGACAAUAAAGUGAACGAUGUUACCCC